AGCAAUGACCAGCCACCUCUUAGCUCUUUUUCUCUCUGUAAUUGCUGUUAUCCUACCCCUGAGAUAUGGCUGCAGUGACAUUACUGGAGGACACUGCGUGCGUGCCCAUUCCCGACCCUUCAUGGCUGCCAUCCAGAUAAAGAAUACAACUGUGUGUGGAGGAGUUCUUGUGAGAAAGAAGUGGGUUUUGACAGCAGCACAUUGUGAGCUCCGGAAGCAAAGAUCGGAUAUUAGGGUUGUUCUUGGAGCCCAUCAGGCAUUCAAAGCUGAAAAAGAACAACAGAGAUUUAAGAUCGUGCACUUCUUUUCUCAUCCCCUGUUUAACAGAUCUUCAAAGGAAAAUGAUAUAAUGCUCCUCAAGCUGGAUCAUAUGGCAAAUCUGAAUAAAUAUGUGAAAUGUUUGUCCCUUCCUGACACUGGUGAAGAUAUCAAACCUGGCUCAAGGUGCACAGUGGCCGGAUGGGGAGAAACGUCUCCAGGAAAGCUGCCAAAAUGUCUUCGGGAAGCAACUGUUAAAAUUGUUGAUAGAAAAGACUGUGAGAGAAAAUAUAAUAAAAAGCAAAAAGUCUUGAAGAUAACCAGGAACAUGUUGUGUGCUGGAGAGAAAAUGAUGUUUUCAAAGAGAGAUGCUUGCAAGGGAGACUCAGGUGGGCCACUCAUCUGUGGCAGAAAAUACAGCGGGAUUGUUUCCUUCGGAGAAAAAUGUGGAAUGGGAGACAAGCCUGGAGUUUACACGCGACUGACUGAAAAAUACAUUGACUGGAUUAAAAAAACCAUUUCUCUUAAUGGAGAGGCAUGAGACAGGCAAGACAGCCCCAGUAAAUAGAGAGCUGUGCUUCAGAACAGGGUGCUGCCUUGGUGUGCCAACUGGCGUGCCUUGGCGUGCUUCCUGGCAUUACACCUUUACAAAUCACAGCUUUCUGACUUUAAAAGGCAGCAGUAUUCCCUUUUGUACAGAUAAUAUUUGUUCAUCGUCAGUAGGAAAUUCCCUCUUAGAUAACUCAGUUUGUGAUUUCACCCUGACUUUUAGUGUGACUGGAAAGUGGUAAGUCACCUUUUUCAUUGUGGCUGUGACAGGACAAAAUUUUUGAAUGUGUUUUCACAGAAAAAUUCUGUUUUUGACUGAUAGUGAAUAUGACAUCUGUUGA